AUGGCGAGCCAUGAUGGUGAAGGCUCGCCUCCUGACGCCAUCAACGCAGAUGAACAUCAUUCUAUUCGACCCGACCAGCCUGAGCACAGCGAGUCAGAGUCAGAGUCAGGAAGCUCCUAUGCCGGAACUGCCUCAGCAGGCCCAAGCACUCCGGCCUGCCCAUAUCGUGACUCGCGAUUCCACGACCAGGAAUGCUCCCGCUUCUUCGACUGUCCGACCCACCUGGUAGACCGAGUCCUGUCCGACGACGAGGACGACGAGGACGACGAACACGAGAGUCAUGAGCAGCAGCCAAUAGCCACCGACUCCCAUCAUGUACCAGGUGCUGAUAAUUUUCCUUUGCAACCGCCAGAACCUGCCGACAACAUGUCUGUCUCGGCACCUAUCGAUGCCGCCAUGAUCAACCAAACGACUCUUGAAACACAAGACGCGGGUCACUCUGACCUGCCUGCCGAAGAAACGAAUACCGUUCAAGAGACUGCGGGAGGAGCUGGUACACAAGUAGAGGCUGGCUUGGAAACCACUGCUCCAGACAAUACUACGACUGUGACUGGCUCAUUAGAGCCCGUUUUAGACACCGAUGCGACGACACAAAGAGGUGUAGAAGAUCUUGCCCAGGACGAUUCCGCGCUGGUGGAAAGUAUACGAAACCCCCUGCGGCGGCUGUCUGUUCUGGAAAAUCAAACCGCGUCGACGUUUGGAGAAUUUCCUCGAGCUUCACAGCACCAGCAAUUACCACCAUUGCCAUUUGGAUCAGAACCACGCCAAUUACCGUCACAGUCGCGUACAGCAGAUGUCGUAGUGCCCCGAUGGCAGCCCGAUUCCGAGGUCACAAGCUGCCCGAUAUGCCAUCGCGACUUCAGUAUCUUCAAUAGAAAGCAUCAUUGUAGGAAAUGCGGCCGCGUUGUAUGCAGCAGUUGCUCCCCUCACCGAAUCACCAUACCAAAAGAGUUCAUUGUGCGGCCCCCUUGGGAACACCCCAGUCUGUAUCCGAUGGCUGGAGAGUAUGGGGCGGAGCGCCCACUUGUCGACUUCAAUACAUAUAUUGGAGGAGGCGAGAGGGUUCGCCUUUGCAACCCAUGCGUGCCAGAUCCAAACGUUACGCCUCCACAACCUGCACAGCAUUUACCUUCAAGACUGUCGAAUCCGCUCUAUUCGCCAGGGGCAUCAAGACACCAGAGAUCUCGUAGCAAUGUAGCUACAUCUCCUUUUAUCAAUCCGAGCGCGCAGCAAUAUCCACCUGGCAACUUGCCCCAAUUGGGCUCACUCCUUGGGACUAAUCGGAGUCGAAGUGCCACAGUUAACCAUGUACCACUCCGAAGAUCCCAGAUACAUCCGCCACCUGGAUGGGAGCACCUUCGGACCGCCCCUGGCGGAAGAGAUCCAUUCCCACAUGAGCAAGAUGAUGAAUUUGGAUUCACUCGUGCUCCCUCGCACUUGGAACAGCUUCUCUUUCGUGCAUCGUUGCAGCAGCAACAUCAUGCUCGUACACCACCGCAACAACGUGCUCGUUCGCCGUCCAUUGCAGAGGAAGAUCGGUGCCCAAUCUGCCAUCACGAGCUUCCCUCGUCCGGACUGCAAGACUCUGAAAGGCUGCGCGAAGAGCACGUUGCUUCAUGUAUCCAGGAGCAUAGCGGUUCUAGGCGGGAGCCAGCUUCCAAUAGCCCAUUUCCUACAUUGGGCACACCUCCGCGUCCACGACGUGCUACUGGCCUGGUUUCUUAUAUCGCAGACGAAAAGGAACGUGCCAGAAAUGAGGAGUGCGGUAUUUGCUUUGAAGAGUACGAACCAGGAGUCAGAAUGGCAAGAUUGGAAUGCUGGUGCCGAUUUCAUUAUGACUGCAUCAUAGAAUGGUUCUCGCGGCGUGGUAAUGCUCGUUGCCCUAUCCAUCAGCAUGACAGCUACGAGAGCUAG